GUUCCGGGCACGCCUCUAAAGUCUAUACAGCCUCGAAUCCAUCCCGGCCGCCGCUCCUGGGGGAUACUACAGCGAGCCGAAGCGGGGAUGGCGGAGAUCCCUGUGAUCGACCUGCGCGUCGCCGGCUCGGCGGCCGAGGAGUCCGCGCGGCUGCGGGCCGCGUGCGAGCGCCUGGGCUGCUUCCGGGUGACCGGCCACGGCGUGCCCUCGGUGCUCCUGGCAGAGAUGAAGGCCGCCGUGCGCGCGCUCUUCGACCUCCCCGACGACGCCAAGCGCCGCAACGCCGACGUCAUCACCGGCAGCGGCUACGUCGCCCCCAGCCCGACCAACCCGCUCUACGAGGCCUUCGGGCUCCUCGACGCCGCCGUGCCCACCGACGUCGACGCCUUUUGCGCGCUCCUCGACGCGCCGCCCAACAUCAGGGAGACCGUCAAGGCCUACGCGGAGAAGAUGCACGAUGUGAUCGUUGGCGUCGCCCGCGAGCUGGCGUCUAGCCUGGGGCUAGUCGAGGAGCACUCGUUCCAGGACUGGCCGUGCCAGUUCCGCAUCAACAGGUACAACUACACGCGGGAGACGGUGGGCUCCUCCGGCGUGCAGACCCACACGGACUCGGGCUUCCUCACCGUGCUCCAUGAGGACGAGUGUGUCGGCGGCCUCGAGGUCCUGGACCCGGGCACCGGCGAGUUCGUGCCCGUGGACCCCGUCGCGGGCUCCUUUCUCGUAAACAUCGGCGACGUCGGCACGGCGUGGAGCAACGGGAGGCUGCACAACGUGAAGCACCGGGUGCGGUGCGUCGCACCCGUGCCGCGCAUCUCCAUCGCCAUGUUCCUGCUCGCACCCAAGGACGACAGCGUGAGCGCACCGGCGGCGUUCGUGGACGCGGACCACCCGCGCAGGUACAAGGUGUUCAACUACAACGACUAUCGGAGGCUCAGACUGUCCACCGGCGAGCACGCAGGCGAGGCGCUCGCACGGAUGGCGGCGUGACGUGGCUGGAGCUGCAAAUUGGAUUGGAAGCCGAGACAAGCCGUUAGUUAUUUACCAUGCCCGUGCGUUCACCGCACACAAUCAUAUUCAAAAGCCAUAAAAUAAAAAAUAAUUUUAAUAUCAGUCAACAUAUGGUUUAAA